CUGCCCAGGCCGCUCCCCGCCGCCCGCCAUCCCGCGCUCCGCCAUCCCGCGCUCCGCCAUCCCGCGCUCCGGCCGCCCGCCCGCCGCGCCAUGACGGACCGCUACACCAUCCACAGCCAGCUGGAGCACCUGCAGUCCAAGUACAUCGGCACGGGGCACGCCGACACCACCAAGUGGGAGUGGCUGGUGAACCAGCACCGCGACUCGUACUGCUCCUACAUGGGCCACUUCGACCUGCUCAACUACUUCGCCAUCGCCGAGAACGAGAGCAAGGCGCGCGUCCGCUUCAACCUGAUGGAGAAGAUGCUGCAGCCCUGCGGGCCGCCCGCCGACAAGCCCGACGAGUCCUGACCCUCCGUCCUCCUGGUCCCGGCCCUCUCCCGUUGUGGUUCCCGCGAAGGACUGACCGGGAGAAGCCUCGCAAAAUGCCUGCCUCCGGACUCUGACUGUUCGCCUUUUUUCAAGUGGAAUAUAAUAAAGCUUCCUGGGCAUUCCUAAUGUUUGGUUUGGUAGUUUCCUAGUACGAGCUUUUUGUUCCCGCAGGAGUGCUGGUGCUCGGUAUUGGGCGUUUCAAUGGAACCAUCCGAGGUGAAAGCAUCGGAUACCCCUAGACAGCAUUUCUCCGACCGGGCGGAUUGAUGCUUGCUUACAAAACUCAGUUUUGUGGGGAGAGAGGGGAACUUUGUUGAUACUCAAAGGGUUUGAUGUCUUGGUAAUAGUGUUAUAUGGGGUGGUUUGUGGUGUAGCAUAAGCCAGUUCCACUAGUACUUAAGAAUUCCAAAAUGGCUUUUCUUUAAACAAUUUUCUUACCUCAUUUUCCUCUUUCCAGUACCUCUGAGCUUUUCAAACCUUGCUUCUUUCUGAUACAAAUUAGCUAUUUUUUUGCCUUAUGCUUUCUAGUAACCUAGCAUUCAAGUUUUUCCUACCUUACAUCAAAUGAAGAUACUAGUAUUGGGUUGGGCUCUGUUAAAAUGGAAUAAGAAUAAAAGGGUUACUCACUACUGCUUCGAAGUAAAAUGCUCUGAGCUGACACAGUCUUGGAUCACAUUGCAUGCCGAACAGAUGCUGAUUCUGAUUUGUCACUUAAAAUAGGCUUUCUAUUCACUUACAGUAAAAAUAAAUUUUGGUUCUCAUAGAUGGAAAGACCUCAGCCCCAAGUGAGAUAUAUUCUUGGAUAAAUAAAAUAUUCUAAUUUC